UCCAGUUGAGACCAGGACAAACAGACGUGUGGAGAUAAGACGUUUCCAUCUCUAUAAAGGCAGCAGCUGGAGGACGGGGUCCUGAGAGCUGAGGAGGAUGAAGAUGAAGAUGGUUCUGCUUCUGGUUCUGGUCUGGAUGAGUGCGGCCUCAGCUGCAAAGCUGGGGGUGGUGCAGACGGAGGGGGGGCAAGUGGAGGGCAAGAGUCACUGGACGGGGCUUUUAAGGAGCGUUGAUGUCUUUAAAGGAGUCCCCUUCGCUGACGUCCCUGGAAAGUGGGAAAAACCAAAACCUCACCCCGGGUGGAGCGGAGUCCUGAAGGCCACCGAGUAUCGCGAGCGCUGCCUCCAGGUGACGCUGCUGCAGACGAAAACCCAGGGCAGCGAGGACUGUCUCUACCUGAACAUCUUCGUUCCACAGGGACUAACAUUGUCCACCAACCUCCCAGUGAUGGUGUACCUGUUCGGGGGGGCCUUCCUGUUGGGGGCGUCCAACGACUUGGCGAUCCUCGGAGACUCCCUCUAUGACGGGAAGGAGAUGGCCGACAGGGGCGGAGUCAUCGUCGUCACGGUGAAUUACAGAGUCGGUACGAUGGGGUUCCUCAGCACCGGAGACUCUCGUCUUCCAGGUAACUACGGUCUGUGGGAUCAGCAUGCCGCCAUUUCCUGGGUUCGCAGGAACAUCCGAGCUUUCGGAGGAAACCCCGACAACAUCACCAUCUUCGGCCAAUCAGCUGGAGCCGCCAGCGUCAGCUUCCAGAUGCUGUCUCCGUACAGUAAAGGCCUGUUCCGUCGAGCCAUCACGCAGGGCGGCGUGGCCCUCAGCCCCUGGGCCCUGCAGAGGAAUCCCAUGGGUCUCACCAAGAAGGUCGCUCGCAGCGUCGGAUGCUGGAGGACGGACGAGGACGAGAUGAUCGCGUGUCUGAAGAUGAGCGACCCGGUCGGUCUGACCAUGGCUGGAAAGAUCAACGUGCUGCUUCUGUUGGGGAAAGGUGUGGUCAUGGAUCUUCUUGAACUGGCUCCUGUGAUCGACGGUGAUUUCAUCCCAGAUGAGCCCAGUCAGCUGUUUCACAACGCGGCUCAGUUCGACUACCUGGCCGGCGUCAACAGCAUGGACGGACACCUCUUUGCUGGAGUCGACGUUCCUUCCAUCAACCAGAAAAAUGCCACCUCAGUAGAUCAGGUGAGGGGUCUCCUGGCUCGUCUGACCAAAGAGAAGGGGGCGGCCGCCAUCGAUUCGUCCUACAGCGUCUACACGUCCAACUGGGGCUUAGCUCCGGAACAGGACCUGGUCAAGAAGACGGUGGCCGACAUCGAGACAGACUUCCUGUUCCUGGUCCCGACUCAGAUCGCCCUCCAGCUCCACGCCAACAACUCCAGUGGAGCCGGUACCUACUCGUACCUGUUCAACAUGAAGACUCGUAUCCCCGGGCUCCCGUCCUGGGUGGAGGCGGAGCACAGCGAGGACCUCCAGUACCUGUUUGGAAAACCCUUUUCCACGCCGCUGGUCUACUUCCCCCGGCACAGAGACCUGUCUGGGUACAUGAUCGCCUACUGGACCAACUUCGCCAGGACCGGGGAUCCCAACAGAGGCGACAGUAGAGUCCCCGUGACCUGGCCCCCCUUCACCAAGUACCACCGGCCCUACGUGGCAAUCAACCACCAGAUGACCAAGUACUCUGUCAACUACGACCUGAGGUCCGAAUACGUGUCGUACUGGAGCCGGACCUACAGCAGUCUGCCGACAGUGAGGACAGUAGAAGAAGAAGAGAAGGAGGUCUGAUUGGUGGCUGUGGAUAAAUGGACUCACUGAAUUAAAAGCCUCUGAGUUAAA